AUGAUAAACAAACAGUCUCUCAUUCUUGAGUGGGACAGGGUAGGGACGCGUUACGCGGUGUACAGGAAGCAGACACGUACGGCGAUGACCACUGUUGAACGCGCUAGAAAUUGCGCGUUUCCCGCUAAAAUGGGAACACUGGACCCAGGGAGGAUGUGGGGCGAGGUAACCAUUAGCCCAGCCAACCGCGAUGAAUACGAAGCUCUGUGCCUCAGACUAAGCGAGGGCCAGAGAAUAUUCAACUGUGGGCACCGACUGGCACUGCACCAAACCGAUGACGAAUGGGAGAACACCGCAACCUCAAACACCACCAUCAACAGCAACACAGAAUCUCGCACGGAAGCAAAAACCGUCAAAUUGGAAAUAUCACCCAAUGACGAGAGGAACGAAACCACGCACCCUAAUGAGAAAACCGACAUUAGGGCGCUACAGAGGGAGGUCAUACGCAUCCUCCAUACUUCAGGGGCUGUUGACGGGGAGCUGUACAAGGCUGUGGGGUACAAGGAGGUGUGUGAGGGGGAGGGGGAGGAUAUAGAGGAGGAGGUGAUCUUGAGGGCGUGUAGCAAGGCGGAGAAGAGGGACAGAAGUGUGGUCGCCCUCGUCGGAAAGCUACUUCUUUUGCCUAAGCUCUUCCACCUGGACACCCAACUCUCCACACCCGUCACGGAUGCGCUCACACACCUGAUGGAGGCACACACACCCGUCGUGGUGGAGAGCGUCCUCCACCCGCUCCUCCUCCACCUCCCGACUCUCCACCAGCAGCACCGAGACCUCUUGACGCACCUGCUGCCCACCUGUUCCCCGCACCUGGCCACUCGUUUACUCAGAGCUUUCUCCGAGCGGACACAGCAGACGGACACGGACACAGACCUGCCAACUCUACAUCUUCUCCUCGAGGCUUCUGACCCCAAGGACUUGGAAACGCACUCGACCGCCCUGACAGCGAUUGCCAAUGUCUCGCAUCUCCACAGCAGCAACGUGAGGUUCGGACAGUGCCUCUCCGUUGCCCUGAAGAGGUUUGGGCCGCACAUGAGUGACCUUGAGGGCUUGCGUUUCGCCGUCAAUACACACACGUCAAGCCUUCGCAAACUGCUUGAGUCUCAGUUGAAAAGACUUGAUAGAAAACGGUGACCUAAUAGUCUGGUUGCGUCUUAAUGGAAUAGGCUUGAUAGAAAAUGGUGACUUGUUAAUCUGGUUGAGUCUCUGUUGAAAUGGCUUAAUAGAAAUUGGUGAGUAGGUUGAGUGUUUUUCAUGUCAAACUAUCACUAGGCUCAUAAAACUACCCAUGGAAAUACUGACACACACACACAACCACCUCUACUAAAGCCCUGUCAAACUAUCACUAGGCUCAUAAAACUACCCAUGGAAAUCUUGGCACACACAACCACCUCUACUGAAGCCUUGUCAAACUAUCACUAGGCUCAUAACACUACCCAUGGAAAUACUAACACACACAACCACCUCUACCAAAGCCUUAUCCAAUGUGUGUGUGUGAGACCUGAAAUGUUAGAGAAUAUGCACAUAUGUCUGUCCGUAAAUGUGGUGAGGCUUAUAAAACAAUCACUCCUGUUGGCUUUAGAGUAGAAAACACUGAGAAAGAUAAAAGAGGAGGAAAACAAAUGAAGUAAGAAAAUAGGAAGAAUGGUUUAUUGCUGAGAAAGAUAAGGAUGAGUGAGCUCCAGAAUGUCUGCAAAUACAGGACUUCUUUCCAAAUCUUGAGAGGUAAAUUAUUUGUGUGUUAUGUGAAAUGGUACAAAUUAUUAUUACUAUUAUUUUGGAUGGGUAGUUUUUCUGGGGUCCUUAGCUUGAUUACGAAGGAUGAUACAGAUUCUCACCAUUAAAAAAAAGAAAGAAAAGAA